UGUCUACAUGACAUGUCUUGUACAUGAGAUACACUUAAAACAUUAACUAUAGCGCCCGAUUUCUGUCCAUUAAUGUAAUUAAGUUUUCGUUAUAUUACUAUUUUGCAAUUGCCAGAGCACCAUGCGUUCCCACGGGAGCUCUCUACAUCCACUGUACGGAGCCAUGCACCUUAUUUUUUUACAUUAACAGAAUGAAGUUAGCGAACUGUAUGGGCAUACCAGAAAUCAAUCAGCGGGAAGUAUCCCAAAACAUUUGGUCGCAGCGUGUGAUUUUGAAUCAGAAACGAUGUCAGAGGGACGGAUUAAUGUUGUUGGAAUCUCGGAUGUAGGCUCCGUUGAAAUACCUCUGGAAGAUAGAGGCUUGCAAUUCCAACGGUUCCAGUCGAAAAUCUUCGACGUCAACCUCGUCAUUCGAAGACGUCAACGCAGCGUCAAAAUUACCUGACGUCGGUACGCCGCGUAAUUCAAGCCGUCGUUCGUCGGUCGCCAGUAUUGUAAGCAGCAAAAGUGCGUUAAGUCGGAAAAGUGCUACAGCGAAGGACGCGACGACGGCAGGCGUUGACGAAACACCGGACGUUUACAUCGUUUCAGUGUCCGCGUCAAUGGCUUCUGUAACCCCUAAAGGCGCUUUAUCAUUCAAAACGACGUCAGUGGACGACCCGCAUUUUUACGCUCAGUCCAAGACUUCCACCAAACAUCAGGCGCCCUCCAAGCCGUACAGGGCGGCUAACGAGGACAGGGACCCGGAACAUGUCAACGACGUCGUAAAGAUACGAUUCGAGGACAUAUUUGCAGAACCGGAAGGCACGUACAGUUUCGGGACCAUCUGGGGAGCCUCCUUCAAACUGUUUACCGACUCCAAGGUCUGGUGUUACAAGUUUCUGUCGGCACUGUGCGGCGUCCCCUGUGGCAUUUUCUGGGGCUGCCAUUUUGCGUGCCUCUCGUUCUGCCAGAUCUGGUGGUGCGAACCCUCUCUGCGCAGUAUUAGCAUCCUAAUGCGUCCGUGCGCGCGUCUGUGCGGCAUCUUCCUUAAGUCCUUCGUGGAACCCCUGCAUUACGCCGUCGGCAAGGUCUUCAGCAGUAUACGUUUGACUAUGACCAAGGAAUGAUCAAGGAUUUAGAAAUUGGAGAU